AUGUCUGACACCAACGAGCCUACUCUCAUCUGUCCGGAACCUCCUGCUAAGGAGGGAGAGGUGAUCAUUGCCGGCAGGCCGUGGCGCAAGACUGAGACUACCCUUUUCGACACCGAGGGUGGUCAACAGGAUUCCUCUACACCGGAGGGAGCUGAACUCAUCUGCCCGGAACCUCCUGCUAAGGAGGGAGAGGUGAUCAUUGCCGGCAGGCCGUGGUGCAAGACUGAGACCACUCUUUUUGACACUGAGGGAGACGGAAAGGAUGCCGUGGAUGACGUGCAGCCUACACUUAGAUGUGAGGACACCUCGAACAUUGAGGAAGGCAAGGUGAUUAUUGCAGGAAAGCCCUGGGAUCAGUCUGAGGACAUGUUGUUUGAUACUGCUGGGGAGGGUGGUGAAGCCGAUACUGGGAAGCAGGAUGUUUAG